AUUAUUAAGUGGCUGGAUGUAUCAAGCUUGUUUGCUACAUAAAAAUUUAGAAGUGAAGAAGUAUGUUUGCAUAAGAUGAAAAUAAAAAAAAGCGUAUAUUAAAAAAAGUAAUCAAAUUAACAAUACAAUUUGAAUUUUGAAUGAUGCUGUAGCCGCCGCUGGACCCUAAACACAUCGGUUUAAAAUGGGAUCAUCUAGUUCCCAUUUUCAGGAUACCUUUACUCAAAUAUUGAGCGAUGAUUCUAUAAACACACUUCUCUCAGAAGAAAUUAACAGGUUAACUUAUGACGAUUUUUUAAACUUAGUUGGAGAGCUAAAUUUACUAUCAAAAAAAUGUUUAGACUCCAAUGGUAACCAAUUAGUAUUCGCGGUGAAAAAGGAUACAGAUUCGACAAUUUUUUGGAAGGCCACAGUUCAAAUUGCUUGCGUUAAGAUUGAUCCAGACUGUCAAAAAGUUAUUACUUUUAGACUACUCUCAUUGAAUGAAUUUAUAAAAGUAUUCAAAACCCUCAAGUGCCAGACAGCGGCAGCGGAACAGAGCGAAAGUACUAGUGUCCCUGAAAAUGAUAUGACGAUAUCAGGAAUAUUAGAUAGAGUGUCUGAAUCAAGUACAGAGAGCCAAACUAUAUGUUGCAUAUGUUUUGAAAGAAAACAAGAAGUGCUUUUACCAUGUGCUCAUAGUUAUUGCUUGCAGUGUAUAGAAGAAUGGAAUGAAAAUCAUGAUACAUGUCCAAUAUGUAGGGAAAGAUUGGACAGCACAGAUGACACUUGGGUAAUCUCUGAAGUACCCAAAGCAGAGGAAAUAAGCAAAGAAAUAAGAGAUAAUUUAUUGGAAUUGACUAAUAAAGAUAGCAAUUCACCUUGUAAUCCGUUUUAAGUAGUUUCUUUAGGUCGUUUGAAAUAGUAAUGUUUAAACAUCUGCAUCAAGGGUGUAAGACUUUAAAAUUGACAUUAACAAAUUUAAGAUAUGCAUCACAAUUUGAAUAUUGUUAAAAACGUGAUAGAUUUGUAGUUGGAAGUGGUUUUGGACUUUUUCUCAUUGAAUACUCACCUCAUAUUUUGAAUUGGAUGUAUGUAGAUGUAGGGUUUGGAAAAUCAUCCUUAGGACAUGCAUUUAUUGUUAAUAACAUUUAUUGGAAACUAUUUUUUAGAUCUGAUUGCUUUCUAUGUUUUAGUUUCAUUUUUAACUAGAUUUUAAAUAAUGUAUUAUUCAGAGAUAACAGGAGAUGUAACUACUAACAAAUAUUGUGCAGUCCUGAAUAGGAGGGUAUAAUACCCGCUGUUGUCAUAUUCCUAUUUCAUUAUUCUCGUUUUGUUUACAUAUAUUAAAAAAGCUAAAAUAAUUCAACCUAUUUUAUUGCAACUGAACCCAACAAUUUUUGAAUCAUUAGUUAUAUCAAAUUUAACUAAAUUAGAUGUAAUUUCACUAAAUUAAAUAUAAUAAUUUUCAAUAAAUUCCAAAACCUAGAAAUCGUAAGUUGGAAGUGGCAACAGGGCUUACGUUGUUUAUUAUAAGCGCACAUCGCUUACACAUUUAUUCAUUGAUAAAUUAAAAUUGUAUUUGCGUAAAAUCCUUCUCUUUAUCUCCUCUCUUACUUCUCACUGCAGACCUACAAAUAGAGCGUACUGAUUGUCGACUUAAUCUUGGCAUCGUGAAUAUUAUAUUUUAUCAAUGAAUGGUUAUAUCUCUGUUAUCUCUAGUACUACUAUUCAAUCUAGUCAAUAUCUUGCCCCUGCUAAAUUACUAGAUGUACAACAAAAAUUGUUAAUGUCUUUUUCUUUUAGUAUUUAAGCGAACUCGCCAAGUGAUCUGUUAUACUAUUUUUUAACUUCAUAAAAAUGUGAUUUGUUUUAAUUUACUUUAAUCUAAUUUGUGUCUGUCUAUUCAAACAUGUCUUAUUUAUAUAAAAAUCUAAAAAGAGAAUUUUACGAUUAUGAAGUGGAAAUAAAUUUUAUAAGAAUUAAUAGUCGUUUUUUUGUAUACCGGUGGGCUUAAAAUUUCUUUUUGUUGUAAACCUCCAUUCGCCGUAGAUUUCUUUUUAUAUAGGACCUUUAAAAAAAAAU